CCUCGCUCACACCGGUCAAAGUUCCGAGCGAGACACACCCAACUGCUCCGGCUCCGGCUACGGCUACAAAGUGGAUCGUUACUUCGGCUUGAAAAUUGGAAUCGCCUUUUCGUCCGAUUCGUUGCUUGCUGCCAGGAAGCACCGGGGGCGCAUAACGCACCUGGCCCUAUUAAUCUUCCUUCUUCAUCCAAUUGAUUUGUGGAGCUACUAAGAAGAGAAAAAUGGCUGAUGUUUGGGCAUGGCUUCUCUUCUUCUUCAUUCUCAUUGCUCUCCUUGUCAUGGUUGUUUUUCAGCUGAUGUGCUUAUCAGAUCUAGAGUUUGAUUAUAUCAACCCAUACGACUCUGCAUCUCGUAUAAAUGGAGUUGUUUUGCCUGAGUUCAUCACACAAGGAGUUUUGUGCUUGCUCUAUCUGAUAACAGGGCAUUGGGUCAUGGCACUUCUAUGUGUUCCAUAUAUGUACUACAAUUACAGAUUGUACACGAGAAGGCAGCACCUUGUUGAUGUGACAGAGAUUUUUAAUCUGCUUAAUUGGGAAAAGAAACAGAGGCUUUUCAAACUAGGCUAUAUCAUCCUUCUCCUCUUCAUAUCAUUAUUUUGGUUAAUUUACAGUGCCUUGGAAGAUGAUGAAGAGUCUCUAUAGGUUCUAUUGUCCAGCAGUAGUAUAAGUACUCGGUGCUGCUGCAUUUGCUCAUUUAUGCUGGCUUGUUCUAGUUCAUUAUUCUUGAAAGUUCAGGGUUUAGAGAUAGCAGAUUCAAUUGCAGAUUUGAAGCUCUCCCGUCCCCCUCCCUAUUCAAUUUCCAAGCAACUGCAAAGUUCGGGUUCUACAUAUGUACUGCAGGGUGUGUUUUUGAGUGACAUAGUACCUUCACCAAACUAAAAUCCCACUAUGCUGCAUUGAACAUGUUCUUCUGUAAGCUUAUGUUCAUUUGUUUUUGCUGUCCAUUAACGCGACAUUGCUAAUUCAGGGUGCUAUUAGUAGGAU